AUGGAUAAACCUAAUUUAAGCCAGUAUUUUGGAAGUUCAGAAAUACCACCUGCAUCUCAGUUCUUUGAUGAAAUUGGUACUUCACCAUCAGAAAUGGUACAAAGCGUAUAUUUAGGUGAUUCAGAAGGCGCACAAACCGCAAUUACACCUCAAGUUAGAGCAUCGUUCGGCCAAUCUGAAGAAGGCCCUACAGAUAUAUUACCCACUGUCAGUGGAUCUACAUCGAUUCCUGUGACUAGUUUACCGGAUCCUUCUACAUUUUUUGAUACAAUUGGCCCAGACCCUCCAAUUGGGGUUCUGAAAACGAAUACUGGUUCUGCUGCUAUGAUAACUGAUGCAAUGGAUGGAUUAAGCAUAAAGAAUCAACCAGUAGACAAGGAAGCUGAUAGAAGAAGAGAUGCAUGGAUACCAGAUGAGGAAGCGAAAAAGACUUUAAUAAAGGCACAAUCGUCACCAAAAGGCUCUUUUUUCCCCGAAAGAGAAGUUCUCACAAUGCCUGGAAUUGUGUUAGAAGAAGAAUUGGCAGAUGCCCUUCAGGAAGUGGCAGUGAAGUACCUUGGUGUCAGUUCAGCGGGAAGCCGUGGUGUCGUUAGAGCUGAACACGUGAGUCGAGAUGAAGCUGGAUUAAGAGAACUACUUAGGACUGGAUAUUUGAGGGCAGCUGUUAAUCUGACUGCUACUUUAAUAACUGCUGCGGGACAAGGACCUGGUAGAAUGCACAGACCGACAAAACACACCCCACGUACAUUACAACUGUGGCUGACUAGGUUCGCAGUGAUGUUGAGAAUUAAACUUGUAGACUCGUUGAUGAAGGAAGCGGAACCGUUCGGUGAUUUUAUGAAACCGGACAUGUUUUAUCAGUUUUACCCCGACAUACACGAAAAUCGCACUGGUUCUCUGGUACCGUUUUCGUUGCGGCUUCUAAUUGCGGAGCUGCCAAGUCACGUUGGCAAACCCGAGGAGGCAAUGGACAGACUAUAUAUCAUUUUGGAUGUUAUUGAUAAUAUGUUAACAAAUCUAAACAAGAAUAAAACGGAAGAUGGCGUUGGCAUUAUAACGGAAGAGGAUAAAAAUGAAUCAACACGCCUUUGGACGGGUCGUCGCGUCAGAGUGCUCCAUUCGAUUGUCAAUUGUGCUAUUGCUUUAAAGGACUACAGAUUAGCAACGAACAUACUAACAAAGCUCCAACAACAAUCGACAACGGCGCAGCAGCAACGAGCUCUGUCGAGUGCUCUGUGCCGUUUGCAACUUUUGGCGGGAAAUGUCGAAGCGGCUUAUUUACAUUUACAACACGCCAGGCUGACAAGACAUCACCUAUGCCCGACACCUGACGUGCGGGAGUACGUGGACUUGGGUCUUAUAGACAUCGCGCAUGGCAAGUAUCAAGAUGCAUACAAUAACUUUGCCAAAGCUGGCGAUCAAGAACCCACCAACAUAAUGGUAGCAAACAACAUAGCAGUUUGCCUUCUCUAUAUGGGUCGGCUUAAAGAGGCAAUAUCUGUUUUGCAAAAGGCCAUACAAUCAGACCCAGAACGCGGCUUAAAUGAGAACCUAUUAGUCAAUUUAUGUACGUUAUACGAAUUGGAAUCGGCCAAUACGGGCGAUAAGAAACUACAUUUAUUACGAAUGCUUUGCAAACAUAAAAGUGAUACUGUACCAAAUGUUGUUGAAGCGUUGAAAUUGUCGUAA